AAUAAAGCCUGGUUCAAACCAACGCGUCGCCGGACCCACCCUGACGAGCUCCUUCCGCCAGCAACUUUGACCACCAACCGCGCAGCACGGCUGGGCCUGAGAGGCGGGACAGGAAGUGAAGCCUCCUCUCCGUAAGGUGAAAGAAAUGGGCAAGUUCAUGAAACCCGGGAAAGUGGUGCUGGUCCUGGCUGGACGCUACUCCGGACGCAAAGCCGUCAUCGUGAAGAACAUUGACGAUGGCACCUCGGACCGCCCUUACAGCCAUGCCCUGGUGGCUGGAAUUGACCGCUAUCCCCGCAAAGUGACAGCUGCCAUGGGCAAGAAGAAAAUCGCCAGGCGAUCCAAGAUCAAGUCCUUUGUGAAAGUUUAUAACUACAACCACCUCAUGCCCACAAGGUACUCUGUGGAUAUCCCCUUGGACAAGACUGUUGUCAAUAAGGAUGUGUUCAGGGACCCAGCUUUGAAACGCAAGGCCAGGCGAGAGGCCAAGGUCAAGUUUGAGGAGCGAUACAAGACAGGGAAGAACAAAUGGUUUUUCCAGAAGCUUCGCUUUUAGGUAUAUUUUGUUUUCGUCAUUAAAAAUUUAAAAAAAAAAAAAAA